GAAAAGUUACAUUGAAUUCAAUUCACCUGACCUUCAACGAAUGCCAUCGCUCUCUGUCUCCACUCUGGAUUUCGAUGUUUCUUUCCUUUAUUUGCUGAUUGUUACUAUUUAUAAUACUGAUUAUUAAAGGAUAGAAAGAGAAAGAGAGAGAGGGGGAGGCAGAGUGGAAGCGAGGGAUACUUUGCUUCUUGGCGGUGGAAACGACGGCGGCGAUGGCGGAGGGGGAGGAGCUUCGGCCUGACUUGCUGAAAAACACGCCUUCUAACAUUGCGAGAUUGGAGGAUGUGAUCGAACACUCUAAAGCAAGGCACAAGUAUCUGGCGCAGACGUGUAGCCCCUCUGAUGGCGGUGAUGUUAGGUGGUACUUUUGUAAGAUCCCUCUCGCUCCCAACGAGUUGGCAGCGUCAGUCCCACGAACAGAGAUGGUAGGCAAGAGUGACUAUUUUCGUUUUGGCAUGAGAGAUUCUCUAGCCAUUGAAGCAUCUUUCUUGCAGAGAGAGGAAGAACUGCUUUCUAGUUGGUGGAGGGAGUAUGCGGAAUGCAGUGAAGGCCCAAGAGAACGGCAGAGUUCCAGUACAAAAUCAGAUACUGGAUCUUUUUUGGGACGUACUGAACCGUCUCAACUCUAUGAAAUAGAAGAAGAGAGGGUUGGUGUCCCUGUAAAGGGAGGACUGUACGAGGUAGACUUGGUUUCCAGACAUUGUUUCCCUGUUUAUUGGAACGGAGAAAACAGACGUGUCCUAAGAGGUCAUUGGUUUGCACGUAAAGGGGGCCUGGAUUGGCUACCACUUCGCGAAGAUGUUGCUGAACAACUAGAGAUUGCUUAUCGUAGUCAGGUUUGGCACCGAAGAACAUUUCAACCAUCAGGACUUUUUGCUGCUCGAGUUGAUUUGCAAGGCUCCACUCAGGGCCUGCAUGCCCUUUUCACAGGAGAAGACGAUACCUGGGAGGCCUGGCUAAAUAUUGAUGCUUCUGGCUUUUCUAGUUUUGUUAGUUUUACUGGAAAUGCUAUCAAGCUUAGGCGUGGUUACUCUCCAUCAAAUUCUCCAAAACCAACCCAGGAUGAACUAAGACAGCAGAAGGAGGAGGCUAUGGAUGAUUACUGCUCCCAGGUCCCUGUUCGACACUUGGUAUUUAUGGUUCAUGGUAUUGGCCAAAGGUUGGAAAAAUCCAAUUUGGUUGAUGAUGUGGGCAAUUUCCGGCAUAUUACAGCAAGUCUUGCAGAGCAGCACCUUACUGCUCAUCAGCGUGGCACCCAAAGGGUCCUCUUUAUCCCAUGCCAGUGGAGAAAAGGUUUGAAGCUGAGUGGUGAAACUGCUGUUGAAAAAAUAACAUUAGAUGGAGUGCGGGGAUUGCGUGUCACAUUGAGUGCAACUGUUCAUGAUGUAUUAUACUACAUGAGCCCAAUUUACUGUCAAGACAUAAUUGACUCGGUAUCCAACCAAUUGAAUCGAUUAUAUCUGAAGUUUCUCAAAAGGAAUCCUGGAUAUGAUGGAAAGGUUUCAUUAUAUGGUCAUUCUCUGGGAAGUGUUCUCUCGUAUGAUAUCCUUUGCCAUCAAGAUAAUCUAUCAUCCCCAUUUCCAAUGGAAUGGAUGUAUAAGGAACAUGAUCAAAAUGAAAACUCACUCCCUGAUAAGGAAUAUAAUCAUGUGCAGAACUCACUAAUCAAUCAGGAUGACACUUUUAGUAUGGUGAGUCCCUCUGAAGAAAAUAAGGGUACUCAGCAUACUAGUCCAGAUAUGGAGGCAGAAUAUUGUGAGAAGUCCUCAGUUUUAGGCCCCGAGUUAUCAAGUCUACAUGAAUUUUCUGCAGAACCUAGCUCUGUGGAACCAAGUAACAAGGGAGAUGUUUCUGAGUUCCUUUCUGAUUCCAGCUACACACAUGUUGAUAAAAUGGGUGCAUUGGAUGAGCCUGAGAGCAUGAAUGUUGGGUUUCCAGUAGAUAAGGAAGAAUGUACAGUUACAAGAAAUAAAGAUGAAGUAAUAAACAAACUCAGAGAAGAGAUUGAUUCAUUGAGAGCUGAACUGGAAUCACGUCAUAGCAUUAAUCAUACCGAGGAAGAGUUACAUUCUGUACAGAAUUUAUCUAAAAAGUCACCUCCCAUACAAGAUGCACCAAAGAGUUAUACCCCAUAUAUAAAGUACACAAAGCUUCAGUUCGAGGUCGAUACAUUCUUUGCUGUUGGAUCUCCUCUUGGUGUAUUUCUUGCACUUCGUAAUAUCCGCAUAGGCAUUGGUAAAGGACAAGAAUAUUGGGAGCAGGAAAAUAUAAGAGAAGAGAUGCCAGCUUGUCGGCAGUUGUUCAACAUUUUUCAUCCGUACGAUCCAGUAGCAUACAGGAUUGAGCCACUUGUCUGUAAAGAAUACAUCAGCCAACGACCAAUUUUGAUUCCAUAUCACAGAGGAGGGAAAAGGUUGCACAUUGGAUUUCAGGAAUUUACUGAAGACUUAGCUGUUCGAACUCACGCAGUAAAGAAUUAUAUGAAAUCUGCAAGGGAUAGGGUAAUCACUUUGUGUCAGUCGAGGAAAUUGGAUAACAUAGGAGGGGAGAGUUCGGAAGAGGAAGAAGAGACAUCAUAUGGAUCUUUCAUGAUAGAGAGGUUAACAGGAAGUAAGAGUGGUCGGAUUGAUCACAUGCUUCAGGACAAGACCUUUGAGCAUCCAUAUCUGCAAGCAAUUGGAGCACAUACAAAUUAUUGGCGGGACUAUGAUACCGCACUUUUCAUAUUGAAACACCUGUAUCGAGAUACACCAGAAGACCAAGAUAUAAUAGAAGAUCCCGAUUUGUCAGUCGUAUCUAGCAUGGACAAAUCAAUACACGAGAGUACCUCUGUUGGCUGGUAUGAACCAAGAGACACUAUAGAGGAAGAUCUUCCGUUAACUUUCUCGGACAAGGUUAUGGUUCGAAGCUUCUCGAGCAAAGCUAAGAAGGUUCUGCAGAAGCACACUGCGUCUAAUUACUAAAUGCAUCGCUGCCGGUGUAAUCCCUCAAGGUUACCUGCUAUGCGAUUCAAUUGUACAUGUUCAUAAGAUAUUAACAUCCAUCUCAACAUGCGGUUACCGCCUAUACUCAAUGUAAUCGAGAUUGUAUAAUUUUGCGAAAGAAUGUAUAGUAGACAGAUCUCCAUAUUAGGGUUACUUCAUAUAGCUCGCUUGUGUAGUGUUGAAUUAGACAGACUCUUCCCAAUAUAUAUGGAAUAAAAAAUAUUUGAGGAAA